UGAUAGGGCAACGAUGUGUGCUUUGACGCUGUUGCACCUGUCAUACCAUCAGAAAAGGCUCUUGAGAUUGGCUACCUGGCGGAGGCUAAAAGCUGUCAUCAAGAGAUUCUGGGUUGCCAGCACCAGGAAACUACUGGGAGAUUUCAUAUCCAGAGCAUAGAGAGUGGGAUGGGGGUUCUCAAAGUGAGGAGAAACUUUUCAGCCGCGGGUGGUUGAGUAUAAAAUGGGGUCCAAGACCCAGCACUCACGCGCCUGAGAGUUCUUAACUCUAAGCCUUUUCAAAAGCGUGCUCAACGUAAAUCAGACUUCUUCACAAUGCUUUCCUAUAUCCUCACAUCUUCCUUUAUGCUGGCUUCCUUCGCCAAUGCACACUUCAGCAUUGAGUACCCUGAAAUGAGAGGCGACUCAUUCGCAGCUGGAGCUUCCCAAUACAUCUAUCCAUGUGCGAAUGUGAAUCAGACCUCGGCGACAAAUCGCACAAUCUGGCCGUUGACAGGAGGCUCACUGAAUCUCGAUUUACACCACCAAUGGACUUAUUAUUUCGUCAAUCUAGGUCUCGGAACUAACUAUCCUACCUUCAACAUAUCUUUAACUCAACAACUUCUCAACGAGACAGGGAAUGGAACACUCUGUAUGCCGCAUAUAGUGCUACCAGCUGGCCUCGCCAUCUCGGAGGGACAAAACGCCAGCAUCCAAGUUGUGACAGUCGGGCAGACGGGAAGCGCACUCUACAACUGUGCCGAUAUUACCUUCAGCAGCGCUGCAACCACCCUCUCCGGGAGCUCCUGCGCCAACUCCUCCAACGUUGCUGUCUCCGUCGUCAAAGGAUCGAGUGCUACUACUUCGGUUGCUAACGCUACCUCCACAACCAGUGGAGCUGGCAAGAGCUUCGGACUGAUGACUACCGCUAGCGUCGCUGUUGUCUUGGGUGCCGGAUUUUUUAAUUGGGGCUUCUGAUUCUUUGGAUGUCAUUGCCUUUGUGAUACUCAGCCUAUUUAGUUCCCUAGAUAUAAUCUCAGCUCUGUCUGAGAUCUGCUCGUUAUUCCCCUUACCAAUCUCCGAUGGUUCUAUCAAAUACCUUGGCUUCGAAACCAAUCCGCUUAACCAAUUCGUAAACACUGUUGCGUGCAUCUUCAAUUGUAUCACCGGCCCGGCUGGAGCUUGCAAGAUGAUGAAUUUUUUCUUUUGGCUUGGAUUUCUUGGAUUUCUUGGGGUAUUUGUGCUUUC